GAACGACACACAGCAGUUUCGCCUCCUCUUUCUUUCCCUCGACGCCCUUCAAUUCUUUCCCUUUGCCGUCCAGUUCUCUCCUCUCUUUAUUACCCGCGACACUGCAGAGCAAGAUGAUGUCUCUGUCGAGGACAGUCGCUCCACGAGCGCUACGAGCGUCGACCAUCCUCCCAUACUCCCUCAUCCGCGCCGCCCCUGCCGUUUCUAUCUCCUCGACCUCUUCGAAACCCGCCACCUCGGUUGUCUCGCAGCCCCCCACCGCCGGCGGCGAUGCCUCACGACUUCCCGUCACGGGCGGCAUUCGUCGUGAAGUGCCCCUCCCGUCGCAGGAGCAGAAAAAGGGAGCUAUGCAAUACGCCCUCACCACACUAGAUCAGAUCGCAAACUGGGCUCGUCAAGGCUCACUUUGGCCCCUCACCUUCGGUCUCGCGUGUUGCGCCGUCGAAAUGAUGCACCUCUCGACCCCCCGGUAUGACCAGGAUCGUCUGGGAAUCAUCUUUCGCGCGUCGCCCCGACAGAGUGACGUGAUGAUUGUGGCAGGCACACUCACCAACAAGAUGGCGCCGGCGCUGAGACAGGUGUACGACCAGAUGCCGGAGCCGAGAUGGGUGGUCUCGAUGGGAUCUUGCGCCAACGGGGGAGGUUACUAUCACUACAGCUACAGUGUGACGAGGGGCUGUGAUCGCAUUGUUCCUGUGGAUAUUUAUGUGCCGGGCUGCCCGCCCACGAGCGAGGCAUUGAUGUACGGCAUCUUCCAAUUGCAGAAAAAGAUGAGACAUACUCGCAUCACAAGACUGUGGUACAGAAAGUAAGGGACACGGGGAGGAGAAAGCACCAGAGUUAUAAGCAUUUGCGGUGGCCGUGUCUGUGGGCAAUGGGCGUUCUCGAAGCCGGUUAGAGCAUCUAUCUUGCUCUUGUGCUUUCCGCUCUAGCACGCGCACAUCAUGUACAGAAUGAACAUUUGGUUCGAUGCGUGACUUUUGCUGGGGACCUUUUCCCUUUCUCAAAAUUCCAGGUCAAGGCAUUUCCAUCCCUCUUCAAGCCGAUACGGUCACAUUCCAGGCAUGCAGGAGCCAGUGAGGUCGG